AUGGCCAGACUUUUCCAGGGCCUGCUGUUCCUGGUAGUCACUGUGGCCCUGGUGUCCAGAAGAGUCCAAGCAUGGGGCACAACGAAGGUGGUGAGGCCAUUUGUAGACAUCUCCAAAACCUAUAUCUAUGUGCAGCAGGCACUCUGGUAUGCCAUGAAAGAGUAUAAUGUGGACAGCAAGGACCAGUACAACUUCAAGGUGAUGGACAUCCUGAAAGCUCAGGAGCAGCUCACAGAUAGUCUGGAGUACUAUCUUGAAGUCAAAAUUGCCAGAACAAUGUGCAAGAAAAUUUCAGGAGACAAUGCAAACUGCUUAUUUCAACAGGAUCCGCAAAUGAAAAAGAUCAUGCUUUGCACUUUUAUUGUUAGAUCCAAACCAUGGAGAUUUGAACUCAAACUGUUGAAGAAACAAUGCCAAGAUGCCUAA